ACAGUGCUAGAGACAGCGCCCAGCCUUUCCGUGAAGCUUCCAUCUCUGAAAAAUCUCCCCGCGAGUCUGACUCCGCCCUAAAUUCUAGGUUAAAUUCAAAUUUCAAAUCGACCUGGCAUGUGCGAAUAUUCUCCACCCCGCAGCUGCGCGGAAGCCGGGAUCCUGUCCCGUCCGUACGCCUGCCCUAAUCUUAGCGCCAUGGCCCAGCCCUUAACACUGGCAGUGUAAAAAUUAGAAGGGAUUAGCCUAGGAAGGGAAGGGAAGGGAAGAAAAGAGAGAGAAGAAAAGAGAGAGAGAGAGAGAGAGAGGCUAUCAUCAAAUCAAUUCUUUUCGUCCUCCCUGUGGCUCUCAUCGCGAUGAUCUUCGAGAAUCCUCGCCAAGAGCGUGGGAUUGGCGCGCGCUUAGCAUUGAUCGUGGUUGUGCGCCAAAACCCUACGAGGUGAGGGGUAUUUUGCCGCUCGACGCAGGCGCAGCUCGAUAGAAAUGGAGGCGAUCAUCGUGUCGCGAGGGCCGCUGCUCAAGAACACCGACGACGAGGCCUUCGCGAUCGAUAUUUCGACGCUGUCAUCCAUCGUGCAGCAAUCCGACGCGCGCCUCCUCCGCGAUCACGGCGGCGUGCUCGGAAUCGCGGGCAAGCUCCACGUCCACGGCAUCGAGCAUGGCAUCGAUCCCUCGGAGCUCGAUGCGCGCCGGCGAGCGUUUGGAUCCAACACCUACAAGGAAUCGCCGCAGAGGAGCGUCUUCUCCUACAUUCUCGACGCCUCGCAGGAUCUGACGCUCCUCAUCCUGGUGGUCUGCGCGCUCGUCUCCAUUGCGGUGGGCAUCGCGACGAAGGGAUUCCGCGACGGCUGGUGCGAUGGAGCUGGGAUCCUCGUCUCCGUCGUGCUGGUGAUCACGGUCUCGGCUAGCAGCGAUUACCAGCAGGCUGUCCAGUUCCGGGCUCUCGACAAGGAGAAGGGAAAGGUCUACAUACAGGUCACUCGGUCCGCCAAGCGUCGGAGGAUCCUAGCGUCAGAGCUGGUGGUCGGUGACAUUGUCCAUCUCGGCAUUGGCGAUCAGAUCCCGGCGGAUGGCUUGCUACUCUACGGCCAGUCGCUGCUGGUGGAUGAAUCGUGCAUGACAGGCGAGAGUGAGAUGCGAGCAAAAUCGGCCGAGCAGCCAUUCCUCAUCUCGGGCACCAAGAUUGGCGAUGGAUCGGGGGUGAUGAUCGUCACUGGCGUGGGAAUGAACACCGAAUGGGGGCACAGUAUGUCGAUUCUCAGCGGGGAGGAUUCCGGGCAGUCCGAGACUCCUCUCCAGCACAAGCUCCAGGAUCUGGCGACGCUCAUCGGGAAGAUUGGUCUUGGAUCGGCAGUGGCCAUCUUUGUGAUCCUGGUGACCAAGUACGUGACUUCGAAGAGUGGUGCUUGGUCGAUGCACGACGUGAUGAAGGGCGUCCAGUUCUUGUCCACGGCCGUGACGAUCGUGGUGGUGGCGGUGCCCGAGGGGCUUCCUCUGGCGGUGACGCUGUCCCUGGCAUUCGCGAUGAUGAAGAUGAUGAGCGAGAAGGCACUCGUGAGGCACCUGGCGGCGUGCGAGACGAUGGGGUCCGCGACGUGUAUACUGUGCGACAAGACGGGGACGCUCACGACGAAUCAGAUGACUGUAAUCAAGUCGUGGAUCGGGGACGAAUUACUGGUCGCGGGGAGAACAGAGCGGGUGCCGGUGGUGUCAAGAUCUUCUCGAGAGAUGGUCCUGGAAGGGAUCUUCCAGAACACGAGUGGAGAGGUGGUGGUAUGCCCUGGCGAGGCAUAUGAUCCGAAGACCAAGACGGUGGAAGUGAUUGGAACUCCCACCGAGACGGCGCUGCUCCAGUUUGGAUUGGACUUGGCGGGCAAUUGGCAAGGACUGGUGUCCGAGGUCCGAUCCAGAUCCAGGGUCAUUCGCGUGGAGCCGUUCAACUCGGUGAAGAAGAUGAUGGGAGUUCUGGUAGCCGUUAACGGUGGUGGUGAGCAAUCGGCUCCCUCGUAUCGUGUGCAUUGGAAGGGGGCCUCGGAGAUAGUUAUGGGGAUGUGUGACUGGUACCUCGACUCUCAAGGCAGGAAAGUCGCUCUCGACGACAGCAAAAACUGGGAGCUGAGAGGAAUCAUCAGAAGGUUUGCAGAUGAAGGUCUGCGAACGCUCUGUUUAGCUUACAGAGACUUGGAGAUCGCUCCGCAGGGGGAGGAAGCGCUUCCCCAGCAAGGUUUUGUCUGUGCCGGGAUUGUCGGAAUCAAGGAUCCGGUGAGGCCCGGGGUGGAGGAAGCUGUAAGGAUGUGCAUGUCCGCUGGUAUCCGAGUAAGAAUGGUGACCGGUGAUAACUUAUACACAGCUAUGGCGAUUGCUCGCGAGUGUGGGAUUCUUACGGACGGUGAAGCUGUCGAAGGGCCCGUUUUCAGAAGCUGGACUGGCGAAGAAAUGCGGCGAAGAAUCCCAAAGAUGCAGAUAUUAGCUAGAUCGAGCCCCUCCGACAAGCACAGGCUUGUCAAGGAACUGCAAGCUAUGGGGGAAGUUGUUGGAGUAACAGGAGAUGGAACAAACGAUGCUCCUGCUCUCCGUGAAGCAGACAUUGGGAUUUCCAUGGGAAUAGCUGGAACCGAGGUUGCUAAGGAGAGCUCAGACAUCAUAAUCCUCGACGACAACUUUGCGUCCAUAGUCAAUGUUGCGCUCUGGGGUCGGUCUGUCUACACCAAUAUUCAAAAGUUUGUUCAGUUCCAAGCGACUGUGAAUCUGGUGGCGCUCGCCCUCAACUUUUGGUCCGCCUGCUCCACAGGAGACGUUCCCCUCACUGUGAUCCAGCUGUUGUGGGUGAAUCUGAUAAUGGACACUCUCGGGGCCCUGGCGCUUGCUACGGAGUCCCCACAUGCGGGAUUAAUGAAGAGGCCGCCAGUGCGGAGAAAGGAGAAUUUCAUCAGUCCGGUGAUGUGCAGGAACGUGCUUGCACAGUCUGUGUUCCAGCUCGUCGUGCUCAUUGUACUUCAGUACCGGGGGCUGGAGAUCUUCGGCCUCGUUGACGCGGGCGACCACGGAAAGCUGGUGCUCAACACGAUCAUUUUCAACACCUUCGUCUUCUUCCAGGUUUUUAACGAGUUCAACUCGAGAGAGAUGGACAAGAUCAACGUGUUCCGGCACCUGGACAACCGGUUUUUCCUCGCGAUCGUGACGGCCACGGUUGUGUUCCAGGUGGUUUUGAUCGAGUGGCUGGGCUCCGUGGCGAGCACCACGCCCCUGAGCCCCUGCCAGUGGCUCUUUUGCGUGGGAGUGGCGUCGCUCAGCCUGGUGGUGGACGCUGUGGUAAAAGCGAUCCAUGGUUUGUGGAGAAAGUGCUGCCGAUCAAAGUGUAACACGAUUAGCUUCUUCCGCGCCGCGAGCUGCCCGCUCAUCCCGCGAGUGAGCGCUCCAUCGUACCAGACGUUCUUCCGGGCCAAGAGCUACCAUGCCAUACCACGGCGUGACCAAGGCAAUGGCCACAGCAAUGGCCGCCAUCACCACUACUCUGACCAGGUGUGAAGAAAAAAGAAGAGAGAUUAUUAAAUUUUUCCACUCGAAGGCAUGUACAAAUAACUCGAGGGCGAUGAUAUAGUAUUUUCUUGCCUGUAGAAUAAUGACCUUAGUCUAAUCUAA